UCGAUAGAUGGCGUAAAAGUUUAACAUCUCGGCACGAAGUAAAUUCAGAUAUGGCUGGAGUAUUAAAAAAGACCACAAAUUUAACUGGUUUAGCUGUUGCAAAACAUCCUCAUCAUACUCUGAGUGUUUUAUACAACAAAAUUUUGAGAGCCCUUCAGAAAAUUCCUCAAGAAGCUGCUUAUCGGAAAUACACUGAAGAUGUUAUUAAGAACAGGCUUUCUAUUGUAGAAUCAGAAAAGGAUGUUGAAAAGCUUGAACAAAAGAUUAAUGGAGGACAAGUUGAAGAACUGAUUAUUCAGAAAUAUAUUAUCUGUGAUCCACCUCAUCGCCAGAAUUGGUGUGUAUUAACGUCGGAAUUAGAUUACGAAAAGGAUUGA